AUGGAAUCGAAAUCAGAAUCAGAAUCAAAAGACAGUUUAAAGUUGACGGAAGCAAACCUAGCGGCUAUUCAAGCAGAUUCCCAGGUCUCAAAAGUGAAGGGCGACACGGAAGACGAUCGGUCGAGCAUCUUGAGUAAAAUCGAGUUUAACCAUCCGGACGACGACGUUGGACUAUCAGAGUAUUGUGUUUCUUCAGACGCAGAGACGGAGAAAAUGGACGAAGAAAGUUUAAAUAGAGACAAUGCAGGGCAUCCGAGUCUCAAGGAGCUUGCCCACGAGGCUAGGGUCAAUGAUAUCAAGAGUGACGAAGCGCUGGAGACGAAUAACACAGUCGAAGAAGAGCACGACAAGGAACUCAAAAAUGAAGCUCUUGAGAAAAGCGAGAUUCCAAGUCUCACGGAUUCAGUUUCAAAUGAAUUGCCAACUGCGUUUGUUUCAGGAUCGGAGAAUUCUGCCGAUUUGAAGGUCGAAUUCAUAGCGGAGAAGGUAGAGAAGGCCGAGACGGCGGACACAGCCGAGACGGAGACAACAAACACCGCAGAUCAGCAGCCUUUAAUUUCAAAAUUGAAUUACGCACCGGAGGGUGAGCCAGAUGACGUUACGUCUGAGGUAGCAGACGACGAAGAAGCCGUGUUGGAAGAGGCCCCAGAUGUCGUUGACACCGCUGUCGCUACUGCGCAGCCGCUUGAAAAAGGUAUCAUUAAGAGACCUGCCGACGAGAAUAGAGAAGGUUCUGAUAAUACACAGUUCAAGAAACCCCGUCUGCCCUCUAUAACAGGGCCCAGUGGAGCACAAGAGAAUGAAGAAGAGGACAAUGACGCCGACGAAGAUGAAGACGAAAUUGAAGAUGAAGACCAUGAGCAUUCCAAGCUUGUCUCCAAAAAACGAUCUCCUAUAGAAACUGAGUCGGAAGAACAAUCACCAAUGGAGCAAGAAAACGUAAGAAAACAAGCACUGCAAGAAAUGAUAGACAUUGAACACCAAUUUGCCGACCUGCGACAACGCUUAUACGAAAACAAACUCGCAAAAUUACAAACGGAGUCUCAAAUGUGUCUUGAGGGCUCCCAUCCUUCUUUGCAGACAUAUUAUCAGAAAAUCGAUUUUGUGCGAGACCAUAAACUACGGCGGGCGUACCAGCGGCAGAGGUACGAGCUAGAAUGCAUAGAUAAGGAGACGAGAGCUACCCGAUGUGCCAUACAUCAGGACUUCAUGCGCAAAGUAACUGAUCUAAAGCAUGAAUUGUUGGCCCAAACUACCCAGCGAUGGUAUGAUAUCAAUAAAGAACGGCGAGAAAUGGACGUGGUUGUCCCAGAAAUGAAUUAUCAUGUUCCUGUCAAGCUGAACGAUAAGACUUUAAGCUGUAUAACCGGUUAUGCAGCCCCGGCUCAUCGAAGACGCGAGGGUGAACUCUUAGCCGAAGAUUUGGAAUGCGAAGGCAUUCGAAUACAAUUCAAAAGCAAUCCGGUGGACAAACUUGAAGUCAUUGUAGAUAGAAUGCGCUUCAACAACGAGUUGAGCGAUUUGGAAGGUCUGAAACGGUAUUUUUCAGGAUUUCCGGGUGCUCCAAGUUUGAGUAGCCUCAAGGACUCGGAGGUCUUUGACGAUCUGCAAAGGCUGAGCGGCAAACCUGCCAUGUGA